ACUCAGAAAGAGAAAGAAGUGCUUGGACUGGAUCAUGAAUGUAAGACUGAAAUACUCAUGUCACUACAGGAAAUUAAAAAGGAAGACAUAUCUUCAGAUCUUAAUGAUGACACGGAUUAUUUUCCAAGAGGAGAAAUUCAAAGGAAUCAAGCAAAUAAAUCAGAACGCAGGAAGAGAAAAGGAAGCCAAGUGUGUGAGCAAUCGUGUAGCCAGGAGACGUCAUACCAGAAAUUACCACAGGAGUUGGAAACCAAGAAGGAGCUGCUCACUGUCCAUCAGAUUACACAUUCUGGUGACAAACUACAUCAAUGUUCUCAGUGUGGAAAAGCCUUUAUUAAUGAGUACACUCUUAAGGCACAUCAGAGGAUCCAUACUGGAGAAAAGCCACACCCAUGUUCGCAGUGUGGAAAGGCCUUUACACACAAGUGUGAUCUCAAGAGACAUCAGAGGAUCCAUUCUGGAGAAAAGCCACAUCAGUGUUUGCUGUGUGGAAAGGCUUUUACACAUACAAAUUAUCUUCAGAAACAUCAGAGGAUCCAUUCUGGAGAAAAGCCAUAUCAGUGUUUGCAGUGUGGAAAGGCCUUUACACAGAAGGGUAAUCUCAAGAUACAUCAGAGGAUCCAUACUGGAGAAGAGCCAUAUCAAUGUCCUCAGUGUGGAAAAGCCUUUAUUAAUAAGUACACUCUUAAGGGACAUCAGAGGAUCCAUACUGGAGAAAAGCCACACCAGUGUUCGCAGUGUGGAAAGGCCUUUACACAAAAGGGUGAUCUCAAGAAACAUCAGAGGAUCCAUUCUGGAGAAAAGCCACAUUAUUGUUUGCAGUGUGGAAAGGCCUUUACACAGAUGUGUCAUCUCAAGGUACAUCAGAGGAUCCACUCUGGAGAAAAGCCACAUCAGUGUUUACAGUGUGGAAAGGCCUUUACACAGAGGAGUAAUCUCAAGCUACAUCAGAGGUUCCAUUCUGGAAAAAAGCCACAUCAGUGUUUGCAGUGUGGAAAGGCCUUUAAACAGAUGUGUAAUCUCAAGAAACAUCAGAUUACACACACUGGAGAAAAGCCACAUCAGUGUUCACAGUGUGGAAAGGGUUUUACACAAAAGGGUGAUCUCAAGAAUCAUCAGAGGAUCCAUUCUGGAGAAAAGCCACAUCAUUGUUUGCAGUGUGGAAAGGCCUUUACACAGAUGUAUAAUCUCAAGGUACAUCAGAGGAUCCACUCUGGAGAAAAGCCACAUCAGUGUUUACAGUGUGGAAAGGCCUUUACACAGAAGAGUGAUCUCAAGCUACAUCAGAGGAUCCAUACUGGAGAAAAGCCACAUCAGUGUUCGCAGUGUGGAAAGGCCUUUACACAGAUUAGUAAUCUCAAGAAACAUCAGAUUACACACACUGGAGAAAGGCCACAUCGUUGUUUGCAGUGUGGGAAGGCCUUUAGACAGAUGUAUAAUCUCAAGGUACAUCAGAGGAUCCACUCUGGAGAAAAGCCACAUCAGUGUUCACAGUGUGGAAAGGCCUUUACACAAAAGAGUGAUCUCAAGAUACAUCAGAGGGUCCAUACUGGAGAGAAGCCACAUCAGUGUACCACAUGUGCAAGGAGAUUCACAACAGCUCAAAAUCUCUCUAGACAUCAGAUUACACACACUGGAGAAAUGCUUUAUCCAUGUUCACAAUGUGGAAAGGCCUUUGCUCAUAACUCUUCUCUCAAGAAACACCAAAUGAUCCAUACAUGA